AUGAUGUUGGAUGGAUUGGUUACCUGGGCAACAUGGGGUUAUCCAUCCCAUGUUGGUGUGGUGGCCGGAGCCGCCGAUGUUGCUGCAGAUGUCUUGAACUUCGAGAUUGAUGUUGUUGACCUAUUUGGAGCAGAAUUGCUAGAGAUCGAUGAAGCACUGCAAGAUAACCCUGACGCAGUUCAAGUGAACGCUCAAGUGAACGACGCGAUUAGGGGUGGUCAAGAGGACGCAGUUCAAGUGAACGACGCGAUUGGGGGAGGUCAACAAGGCGCAGUAGUGAACGCUGGAACAAACGCGAUUGGGGGUGGUCAAGAGAACGCUGGAGCAAACGCGAUUGGGGGUGGUGAAGUGAACGCUGGAGCAAACGCGAUUGGGGGUGGUCAAGAGCACGCAGUUCAAGUGAACGACGCGAUUGGAGGAGGUCAACAAGGCGCAGUAGGGAACGCUGGAGCAAACGCGAUUAGGGGUGGUCAAGUGAACGCUGGAGCAAACGCGAUUGGGGGUGGUCAAGAGCACGUAGUUCAAGUGAACGACGCGAUUGGGGGAGGUCAACAAAGCGCAGUAGUGAACGCUGGAGCAAACGCGAUUGGGGGUGGUCAAUUGAACGCUGGAGCAAACGCGAUUGGGGGUGGUCAAGAGCACGCAGUUCAAGUGAACGACGCGAUUGGGGGUGGAGGAGAACGCAGAAGAAAAUGA